AAAACAGCAAACAUAUUUUUCAACGAAAAGAAACAAGAAAACAUGUUCCAGCUUCGCCGGAGUGUCAUCCGAGGCAGCCUCUGCCGCCGCAUUCAGCACCGCAUUUCCAUCCUCCGGCGAUACAUUCAUCGCCUCUUCCACCACUUCCUCCUCUGCUCCCCUCCUUCUCUCUACCGCCGCAUGCUGUUACCAUCCUCCUCCUCCUCCGCCGUGGAGUUGGUGGAGCCGGUAACACCACCUCAUCAGCUUCUUCACACACAUGACAUGGACUCUGACUUGGUUUCAUUGAAGAUCAGCCUCUUGGGUGAUUCCCAUAUUGGAAAAACAAGCUUCUUGAUGAAAUAUGUAGGUGCUGAAACUGAAAAAGAUAAGAAGCAAGGUGAACACCAUAGCAAAACUUUAAUUGUAGAAGGUGCUCGAAUCUCAUAUUCUAUCUGGGAAAUAGCAGGUGAUGAAAAAUCAGAGGACCAAAUCCCAUUAGCAUGCAAGGACUCUGUGGCAAUUUUGAUUAUGUUUGAUCUCACUAGUAGAUGCACACUAAACAGUGUCAUAGGGUGGUAUAAAGAAGCCAGGAAAUGGAACAGGACAGCAAUUCCAGUAUUGGUAGGAACCAAGUUUGAUGAUUUCAUUCAGCUCCCAAUUGAUAUGCAAUGGACCAUAGCCAGUCAGGCAAGAGCAUAUGCCAAAGCCCUCAAUGCAACAUUGUUCUUUUCAAGUGCCACCUACAAUAUCAAUGUCAAUAAGGUCUUCAAAUUCAUCACUGCCAAACUUUUUGACUUACCAUGGACAUUGGAAAGAAAUCUUAAUGUUGGAGAGCCAAUAAUUGAUUUCUAAAUGGAUACAUAGAAUGGUCAAAGUGCUUUUCAUCUUAUUAAGUACUCAGUCAACCGGGCCUCAAGAGAGUUGGCAAACCUCAUAGGGCAAUCGAGUUGUUAGGUUGAGAUAUUGAUCCUUUUUUUUUUUUGAAGUUCUACACUCUAUUUAAAAGUGGAGAUGAUGAAUCAACUUGGUGUUUUAAAAAAAUAGUAAGUACUACAAAUAUUUCUAUAGAGAACCAAGGAUUAAGCUUGAAUUCAUGCUCUUGUCAUUUUUAUAUGAGGGACAGGGACAUGUCCAACCCACCAUCAAAAUGUAAUAGGACUACGUGAUAUGUAUUUAGAUUGAGUGAAAAUAAUGGCGUGUUUCCUCAUGGAUCACAAUUAUUGUGCCUUUUUCAUUCAUGUUAUGUUGUU